CACAGUGGGCGGGGCCCCGGGCUUCAGGUGAGCGGCAGGCUGCUGGGCCCCACAGAGUUGCCUCUACACCCAGGUCCUGCGUCUUGCUUUCCUCUUCCCUGGCCGUGCAUAACUGUAACUCAGGCCCACAAUGGACGCCCUGCAGCUGGCAAAUUCAGCUUUUGCAGUUGACCUGUUCAAACAACUGUGUGAGAAGGAGCCAGCAGGCAAUGUCCUCUUCUCUCCAAUCUGUCUCUCCACCUCCCUGUCACUUGCUCAAGUAGGCACCAAAGGUGACACAGCAAACGAAAUUGGACAGGUCCUUCACUUUGAAAAUGUCAAAGACGUGCCCUUUGGAUUUCAAACUGUAACGUCGGAUGUAAACAAACUUAGUUCCUUCUACUCACUGAAACUAAUCAAAAGGCUCUACAUAGACAAGUCUCUGAAUCCUUCCACAGAGUUCAUCAGCUCUACCAAGAGACCCUAUGCAAAAGAAAUGGAAACAGUUGACUUCAAAGACAAAUUGGAAGAAACAAAAGGCCAGAUCAACAAUGCAAUCAAAGAUCUCACAGAUGGCCACUUUGAGAACAUUUUAUCCGACAACAGUAUAAGUGACCAGACCCAAAUCCUUGUGGUUAAUGCUGCCUACUUUGUUGGAAAGUGGAUGAAGAAAUUUCCUGAAUCAGAAACCAAAGAAUGCCCUUUCCGAGUCAACAAGACGGAAACCAAGCCCGUGCAAAUGAUGAAUCUGGAAGCCACAUUCUGCAUGGGCCACAUCGACGGUAUCAACUGUAAGGUCAUAGAGCUCCCCUUUCAAAACAAGCACCUCAGCAUGCUCAUCCUGCUGCCCAGGGAUGUGGAGGACGAGUCCACCUGCCUGGACAAGGUUGAAAAACAACUCAACUCAGAGACACUCUUGCAGUGGACCAAUCCCAGCACCAUGGCCAAUGCCAAAGUCAAACUCUCCAUUCCAAAAUUUAAGGUGGAAAAGAUGAUUGAUGCCAAGGCUAGUCUGGAAAACCUAGGGCUGAAAAAUAUCUUUAAUGAAAAUACAUCUGAUUUCUCUGGAAUGUCAGAGACCAAGGGAGUGGCUCUCUCAAAUGUUAUUCACAGAGUGUGCUUAGAAAUAACUGAAGAUGGUGGGGAGUCCAUAGAGGUGCCAGGAUCACGAAUCCUACAACACAAGGAUGAAUUCAAUGCCGACCACCCAUUUAUUUAUAUCAUCAGGCACAACAAAACUCGAAACAUCAUUUUCUUUGGCAAGUUCUGUUCUCCUUAAGUCGCAGAGCCCAGGUGAAGUCCCACCUGACUUCUCUGUGAAUUCUGUAUCCAGAGAAUCACUUUCUAAAUGUGAUACAUUGUUAAUAUUGCUGGAUAAGGAACCCUCUGGUACUUGUCAUAUGCAGCCCUCACACUAAUAGGCCCAUCUUUUCUUUUGUUCUCUCCCCCACCCCCCAUAAAAGACAAUGCUUGGAACGAAAAGCAAUCACUCCAGAGGAGAAAUAUAUUCAUUAUUUGUCAAACUAUCUAGGGUUAUGGGCAGGAAUACCGUCUUUCACAAAGAAAAUUCUUACAAGGAGGAUUUUAGUCUCAGAGAUUUGCCUCCCUUCCCUGGGAUACAGAAUGUUCCAGACAUUCCCACUUUCCUAAAAGGCUAAAGAAAUGUGCUUGGGAUCCACAAAACUUUCCUGGCUCCCAUGAAACUUGGGCACGUGUUCAGGCUACUGUAGGGCCACAGGUCUGUAUGCUAAACCCUGUGGGACAAAUGCUUUCUUCAAACUCUUGAUUUUUUUGGGUUUUAGAAAGAUAAUAUGUUAUGGAACUCCACUGAUAGAGUCCGAAGCAACACCUUGUAAAUCAAUACCUUACUAUUUCUGCCACAAAUCGUAGAGUAUUGACACAAAAGGGACAGAACUCUACGUAGCCCAGGAGUGUCAGCGUUUGCUGACAAAUGUGUUUGCCAUCAGCUUAUGAACAAGCUUUGUUUUCAGAACUUUUUGAGACUUCGGAAUGUUGAGUAAGGAAUUGCAGACCUGUAGUAGCUGAAGUGCAGCCCCCUGAAGGGGAAGUUCAGAUCUAAUUAAAAAUGCACUUUCACUUUUGAUAGACUGCCCAUCUGGUCAUUUGGUUGGUGAUAGAAGGCUGGCCUGGGCUUCUAACUGACUCAACAAGAUUUUGGAUGUGUGACAACCAGGGACUUAAAAUGCAGAGGGACUCUCAGGGUAGCCAAUAGAAGAAUUUCAUGAGUGUUGAAGGAACUCUUUGUCUAAUGUAAUAGUGGGCAAGGGAAAGGAAGUUACACCUUUAGAAAAUAUAAGUUGCUGGAGUGUUCCCACUGCUUUGACAUGUGUUUUUUCCAAGUCUCUGGGUUUAGUUACUGUAGACAGCUCAUCAGUAACUUACAUUAAUAGUAAUUUUAAAAAGUUGGUCUGGUCAGUUCACUGUGCUGCCAGUUCAAAUAUUAAGUCACCAUCACAAGAGCACAUUUACUGAAAAUUUUGUGACAGUCCCUCCCUCACCUCUUCUCUGGCGUUCCUUGUAAAUAGUUUAACUUUUUUUUUUUUUUUUUUUUGCUCUGAAGGGUCAAUAUUCAAUUUCUUCUAUGCUAUUGACAAUAAAAUAUUAUUCAACUACAUGUCUUGUUUUUUUAUCCCAUAAAGUUAGAUUUAUUUUUGGAAUAGAACCAAGCGAUCUAUUUACAAAAGCAUUCCUGUAUGCAAAUGCUUUUUGUGUGGGGAUUGAUGUAGAAUAAGAAGGAAUAAGAAUAAUACAGCUCCUAUUCCCUUGUCUUCUGUUUUCCCUGCCAACCCGCUCUUGCUUCCUCCUCCCAUUCUCCGUCAUCCCGGGGAGGAAAGGACCAGGGCAGUGCUUGAAGGACUUGUAGCUGCACA